GGCCGCGCCAUGUUUAUAAAAUCGAGGUAAGUUAGAGCCAAACUCACGAGUCGCAGCACAGCAAGCAUCCAACCACUUGCCCAUUAUGGCCGCCGAAACCAGCGUUCUUCCCUUGCCCACCGUCGACCAUGCGUUCGUCAAGGUCGAGCCUCUUGUCUGCAGUCUCCCGGCUCCCGUUCGCUUCGAUCCUGCCAAACAUCUGUGCUUUGAGCCUCCAAAGAGCAUCAUUACUUUGAAGGAGCUGCUUCUGUCGGAAAAAGAUGCCAUCUCGCCUGUCGCCAUUACGGAGCCGUUCCCGCUGUUCACCCUCGAAGGGGUCAAGCAGAUGCGGGCGGACCUCUUCCGCAAGGAGGUUGUGAACAAGCAUGGCAACAGGACAAAGAAGAAUUGCUACAAGAUGAGGGGGUACUCGCAAGACACGCCGUUUGUCGAUGCCGCAUGGCGCAGCAAAGAAGUCAUCAAGGCUUGCUCCGAAGCCGCGGGGGUGGAUCUCGAUGUGGUCUUCGACUACGAAAUCGCCCAUAUCAAUGUCCAAGUAGACGCCCUGGAGGACGGCAUGCCGCUAGAUGCCGCGCUGCCUCCUGCAAUGCCUCCCAACCAGGCACCUUCAACUCCCCUUCCAGCCAUUGACCAAUCCGAGGAGCUUUCGUCAGUUGGCCGAUGGCACACAGACUCGUACCCUUGGGUCUGUGUGUGUAUGCUGUCUGACCCAUCCAAUAUGAUUGGGGGCGAAACUGGCCUCAGAAAAGGGGACGGUUCCAUUGCCAAGAUCAGAGGGCCGCAAGUUGGCUGGGCUGUGAUGAUGCAGGGAGGCUGUAUCGAGCACAUCGCGUUGAGAGCCAUCGGCACGGGCGAGCGUGUUACCAUGGUGACUUCGUUCCGCCCGCGGGACCCGAGUCUCAAGGACGUCAGCAAUCUCGGCAACGUCAAGAAAAGCAGUCGUCACGACCAACUUUUCAAGCAGUGGUCGACCUACCGUCUUGAUGUCCUCGAGAAGCGUGCCCGGCUACUGAGAGAACGCAUUGAGAAUGGCAACUUAUCUGGCGAGGAGAUUGCCCAAAUGGUCGCUCGAUGGAACGAAGAACAGAUUCCGUACAUGAACCACACUGCAGUUGAGAUGGUGGGCCCUGGAAAUGAAGGCUCGCAAGAAUGA